CGCCUGCGGCCGUUGCCCUCGCCGAGCAGCUCCCCCCGCCUCCCAUGGCCGGCCGCGGCGGGUUUCCGCUUACGCCGCCGCCCCCGGGGGGACCCCCGCCGGCCGCCUCGAUAGCGGCGGCUGCCGCCGUCCCUCCCCCCACGGCUCCCGGACCGGGAGGGGGGCUCUUGAGAGGACCCAGCCCGGCCGGGGCCACUCCAUACCGGCCCAUGGGGCACGCCGCUCCAUUCCAACGCGCUGGGAUGCUGCCUAUUGGCCGGAUGCCCAUGACAGGAUUGCAGGUAGGAUCACCAUCAGGGCCACCAUAUGGAGCAGCUUCUCCACUGAGACCUGGAAUGCCACAGGCCAUGAUGGAUCCAUUCCGGAAGCGCCUCCUUGCUCCGCAGACCCAGCCACCACCAUCAUUAACCCAAAGACGAGGGCUGAAAAGAAGGAAGAUGGCAGACAAAGUCCUUCCACAGAGGAUUCGUGAGCUGGUCCCAGAGUCUCAAGCUUACAUGGAUUUGUUGGCUUUUGAACGGAAGCUGGAUCAGACCAUUGCCCGCAAGAGGAUGGAGAUCCAGGAGGCCAUCAAGAAACCUUUGACGCAAAAGCGGAAGCUGCGUAUUUACAUCUCUAAUACGUUUACACCUGGCAAGGAAGAAUCUGAAGGUGGCGAACGCAUAGCCUCAUGGGAACUUCGUGUGGAGGGCAAGCUCCUGGAUGAUCCAAGUAAGCAGAAGAGGAAGUUCUCAUCCUUUUUCAAGAGCUUGGUCAUCGAGCUAGACAAAGAACUGUAUGGCCCAGACAACCAUCUGGUGGAGUGGCAUCGAAUGCCCACAACCCAAGAGACAGAUGGCUUCCAAGUCAAACGCCCAGGUGAUGUCAAUGUGAAAUGCACCCUGCUGCUCAUGCUGGACCACCAGCCUCCUCAGUACAAGCUGGACCCUCGUCUCGCUCGCCUGCUGGGUGUUCACACACAGACCCGUGCCAAUAUCAUGCAGGCCCUGUGGCUCUACAUUAAACACAACAAGCUCCAGGAUAGUCAUGAGAAAGAGUACAUCAACUGCAACCGUUACUUUCGCCAGAUCUUUGGCUGCACCCGCAUGCGAUUCUCUGAGAUACCCAUGAAGUUGGCAGGACUGCUGCAGCAUCCAGAUCCCAUUGUUAUCAACCACGUGAUCAGUGUGGACCCUAAUGACCAGAAGAAGACAGCCUGUUAUGACAUUGAUGUGGAAGUGGAUGACCCCUUGAAGGCCCAAAUGAGCAACUUCUUGGCCUCCACCACUAACCAGCAGGAAAUUGCUUCCCUGGAUGUCAAGAUCCAUGAAACUAUUGAGUCUAUCAACCAGCUGAAGACCCAGCGAGAUUUCAUGCUGAGUUUCAGUAGCAACCCCCAGGACUUCAUCCAGGAGUGGAUCAGAUCUCAGCAGAGGGACUUGAAGAUCAUCACAGACGUGGUUGGCAACCCAGAAGAGGAGAGACAUGCAGAGUUCUACCAGCAACCAUGGAUACAAGAGGCUGUUGGGAGACAUGUCUUUGCCAAGGUUCAGCAGCGCAGGCAAGAACUGGAACAAGUGCUUGGUGUUCGCCUUACCUAGUGCUCUCCCCUCCACCAGCUCUUCUGCACCUUGUGGUACUCUGGAGUGGACCAGCAAGCAGACCAUGCUUGUUGAAAAAACCUCAGCCACUGGCAAGGCUGGGGAAUCCUGCUGUCUGCCCCCACUGUUGUCAGGGGUGGAGGGUGCUUAUUCAGUAGUCUUCUGGAACUAUUCAAGGCUUCAAGCCUGCUUUUUAUAAUAGGGGAAAGUGAGUUCCUCUCCCUCACCAGACCCCUAUCCUUCCUAUGCGCUUUUCCUCUGGGACACUGGGAACUUUUUUGUUUUUGAGUUGCCUUCUACCUCUUAGCUGAGUCUCAUCAGCCUCUGUUGCAAUGCAGGAAGGCUGCUGCUACUCCUUUUUAACCAAAGCUUUGUCCAUUCCAAACUGCCAGCAUUGCUGGCAUUUAGUCUUUGCACUAUCUUUUUUUUUGGGGGGGGGGAGGGGGUGAAAAGUAGAAGUUUUGUUUUUGUACAGAGGAAGGUUUGUAGUAGGUAGCUCCCCUUCCACCAUAUGCAAUGCAACAACAGUUGUGUGGGAUCAAAGGGGAGGGGUUUGCUGUUCUGUUGAUGACAAUCAAUUGCUAUUUCUUCCCUAGUUCUCCAGCAUGUGAGAUGUAGAAGAUGGACAUUAGGGACCAGUUCUUUAGCAAGGCCACUUGGUGCUGCAGGAAGCAUUCCUGAGGUUGCCAGUCAAGGGGAGAUAGGUUACAUUUGCCUCAGCCUUCUUGGGCCCCUUAAGUGCCUUCACUCCCUAAGCUCCUGGACCCUCGCAGCACUUAACUUAGAAAAUUCCCCUCCUGCUUUGGCUCAUGGCUUACGAUGUAGUUGGCCAAGCCGGAGCUAAUGGGACUUUCACUUAAGAAUGUUGUUACCUGUUUCUAUGUUGAAGGUUUUCUAAUAAAAUUAUUCUUAAUCAGUAGUA